UGUCCCUCGGGAUUCCUGGGUCCUGGAGAGUGGCGAGGAGUCGAGAAAGGAAGCCUUUCCUUUGCUGGAAGAGGAUCGGGGUAGCAAGGCUUUUGACACUCUCCCAUGAAAUCCUCGCAGUGAGGAGGACAUUUAUCGUGAUGCAGAAGAAAUGGAGAGAGAGAAAAUGUUGCUUGUUUGUGAGACUGGCUCUUCAGAACAUAAACUAAGUGUUGCACCUGAAAUGGACAUCAUGGAAUAUUGCAUAAAAGAAUGGAGAGGAAAUACACCAGUAGCAAAACAGAUGAAAAAGGGUUAUGAAGCAGUUUCUCAAAAAUUUGCAUUUAUAAGGAGAAUACGAGGUGAUAACUACUGUGCUCUCAGAGCAACCCUGUUCCAGGCGUUAAGCCAGGCUACUCAGUUGCCAAGCUGGCUGCAGAGUCAGGACUUUACUAUGCUUCCUGAGAAGUUGUUGAGCAGAUAUGACUGGAUCAAACAGUGGCAGCCGAAACAAAAACUGGGCAGGAAAAUGGGAGAAAUAAGUGAUGAAAUUAAAGAAUAUUUAAUAUUAUUAAGGAAAAAGUGGAAGAAUAUCAGUGAACUCGAGGCUGCUAAUGAGAGACAAGAAGCUUGUGAGGAAUUGUUUAAAAAUGAAGAGGAGGAGUACAGCCUAUAUGAAGCUCUGAAGUUUUUGAUGCUCAACACAGCCAUUGAGUUGUACAAUGAUGAUAAAAAUGGAAGGAGGGUUCCUGUCUUCUCGUGGUUGCUGUUUGCACGGGAUACAUCUAGCAACCCUUGUCAGUUAAUGCACAAUCACUUGAAUCAAAUUGGUCACAGUGGAGGGCUUGAACAAGUGGAAAUGUUUCUCCUCGCUUAUACCCUGCGGUACACCAUCCAAGUCUAUCGAUUGUAUAAAUACAGUACUGAUGAAUUCAUCACACUUUAUCCAAAUGACCCGGAGGAGGACUGGCCUGUGGUGACUCUCAUAACUGAGGAUGACAGACAUUAUAACAUUCCAGUCGGAACGUGCCAAGAGACUGUGUUGUAAGAGACAGAUUUGUGCUGGUUUGAAAUAGGAUGAUGAUACGUUGUAAAGUCUACGGCAGCUAGAAAUUCGUGUUACAGAAGCUUACAUCUGAACCAAAACACUGAACAAAUCUUAAGGAAUAACUGACUGAGGCAGAUUUUUUUUCCAAUAAGUUUCUUGGUUUUGUUGUUAUUGCCUGUAUUUUUUUUUUUUUUGUGGAGAUUUACAGUUUCCAUAUCUGAAGGGAAUCCCAAAAUUACAGGUUCUUUUCUUCAAGAAAGUAGGCCAGACUCUGUUGCAAGAGAUCAGGUGACCUUCUCUUUUUGCAGCUAAUUAGAUAAUGAUGAGUUGAAAUUUCUGCAGAGGGAAAUUAACUGUAUCCUGGCUUAUUUCUUUAGAGCUGUUUAGAAGCAGUUUGUCUACUUGGCCCUUAGGAAGCGAUAAAAUUCUUUUACAGUUGUAACAUAAAACCAUGGGAGACAUUAGCUUCCAAGAGAAAUGUUUGUUAGAUAUUUCCUAAUGCUUUGGGGGUUGUUCAGACAUUAAAAUAUAUUUUAUUUAGAAGCUAAGUAUGUGCUGCAUUGAAAAUGGAGAGCAGCUUUUUACCCCUUUCAGCCUUUGCAUUCAAAUAUCUUGAAGGGAAUGGCAUGCAAAAUUCCAGAUUCUGCUGUUUUAAAAUGAACUUAAUUUUUUAUUGUGAGAGACUUACACAACAUGAAUGUGUAUCCACUACGUGGUAAAAUGUGUUUUAGGCACAUUUAAUGAGAGGUAUCAUGCUCUUAAGUGUGAUAACAUUUAUCGUGUUAUCUGCAGCUUUUAAAGUGACUAAAGUGACUGGUCUUUUACAUUGAAAUGGUUCUGGAAGUCACAGGAAAGAAAAAUAAACC